UUUUCCAAAUCAACAUGGCUCUGAAAUGUAUGUGAUUUAUUAGCAAUUAACUUUCAAUGUAAGUCCCCAGAAUAUGUCUGAAAAGGCCAAACAGGAGGAGCCCGACCCGUUGGAUGAUGAUUCCAGUGACGACGAUUUCACUCAAUUCGAAAUCAGAGAUCAGAAUUCCACUUCCAACGCUACAAUCACUGAAUCCCCCUCGAUUCUGCGACCAAUCAACACUCCCCGACCUGACAUUUCCAAUGGCCCCUCAGUUGUCAUUUCCUUGCCCAGUAACGAUACCUUCAUCGUGACCGACGAAACUCCGGAGCAGCGACUCCGGCGAAGGAUGAGGUUCCUCGAGCUGCGGCGGGAGCACUACAACCACAUCAUUCACAGCGAGCAAUGCGACAUGUCGGAUACGGAGGAUGAUGCGGAAGAUCACGCGGAGAAGCACGCGAAGUGUCAGGAGAAUUGCAAGCCCAAAUAGAGAGUAGCGGAUCGAAUUUGUUAAGUCUUAUAAUUGUUACACUAGCUUAAUUACAAUGCAAAACAAUCAA